UGCUAGCUGUUAGUUUAGUCGCCUUAUUCGUGAGACGGCAAUAAGGUUAGGUCGUGCUUCCACCUAUUUUAUAUAAGGGACUCACCUACUUUCUCGCCAUGUCAAUACAACACGCCCUCGACUUCACGACUAAAGAAAACUCGCCAAUCACGCAGCAAAAACAAACCCUCUAUCCUCCCCUCCUCCAUCUCUACCAUAUUCCUCGGCCUACUAAGACCGCAAAAACCAAAAAAAAAAUAAGAACAUACAUCAGCUGGGAUUCGCUAGUGGUCACCCACCUAACUACUAAUCAGCCGGUUCACAGCUUAAAUUUGGCAGAGCGGACGGGAUGCCUUGUAUUCUGUGACCUAUGGUCGUAUGUGCUUGUUUACGGAGGCAAUGUUGUUUAUAUACCGCGCGCUUGCGUAGCAAACGGAGUUGUUGUGCUAACGCGCGAAGCUGUUGCAUUUGCGCGAUUCGGGCCUUCGGCCGUGACAGCUACCUUGGUACCUACUUGACAUAAACGCAGCGCUGCCUAUCUGCUUGCUUGCUUGCUCGUAUACUUACUUACUGCUCUGCUGCCAUCAUCAUUAUCA